AUGCUGUCCAGCGCGAGCACAAACAGAAUCAUGAUUGACCUCUUCUUCCGCGAGCGGCCGAUGCCCAGCCAAAAAGACUGCGACGAGUUUGCGCGCGCCCUCACGCAGUGCGAGCCAGAUUUGGCGCUGAUGCAGGGCGCCAACAGCUACACCGUGCGGGCGGGCCAUUCGUAUAUCGUCCAGUUUCGCAAGCCGUCGCGGAGGCUGGACCUCGCCCUUCUUCGUCUGGCAAGAGAGGUAUACGGAGCGCACGUGCCCGAGUUUGUAGAGGUGCACAGGUUCGGCAAUCUCUGGGUAUACAAGAUUACGCAAAUGCAGGGGAUUCCCGUGUACACAUUGCGGACCAACCCUACGGGUGAUGUUUGCAAGUCUCCCUUUUGCCGCACAGUGCAGGAUUACGCAAGAUUCUGCGCCGCUUCCUGGAAGCACAGGCCUUCAAGCCCGCCACGCGCCCGAGCGACGCUGCAGAUUGAGUACCUCGCCGCGCUCGAAAAGCUGAGCCACGCGCUGCCCGACCGCUUCGGCGCCGACGUGGAGCGGGCCCGCGAGGCCGUGUGGCGGCUGUUUGGCGGCGACUGGCCCAUGGUCGUCAACAAUCCGCAGGUGACGCGGUCCAACGUCCACGUCGCUGACGACGAGUCGGGCGCGCUGUUGGGCCUCGUCGCCUGGGGCACGGCCGAGGUCGGGCCGUGGGGCAUGAUGGUGCCGGGCAUCGAGACGCUGCUCGGGCAUAUGAGCUACGGCGGGACGUGGACGCGGGUGGACGGGUACGCGACGCUGCGGCGGCUGUUUUACGACGAGCUGGGCCGGGAGCUCGGCGGGCUCGAGGACGAGCGCCUCGACGGCGUGUACGCGCUCGGGCUGCUGCUGCAGAAGACGCCGCACUCGCUCGGGAGCUGCUGGGAGACGCUUGAGGAGGGCGUCUUGAGCGACGAUCAUCCGGCGGUGACGUUUCUCCAGUCGGCGUUGCUGGAUUGGAAAUAA